UGUGCAUGCCCCGGAUUUUGGCUUGAAUGACUUCCUCUUUUGUGAAUUCCAAGUGACACGUUUCGUCGAACUGACCCCGAUACUUUGAAUAAAGUCAUCAUCUUCCUCACAUGCAGGUGCGUCUGUCCUCCUGCAUCCUCAUGACUCGUGUCUUCGUCUACGGCACCCUGAAGAAGGGUCAACCCAACAACUACCGCAUGUUCGACAGCUCCAACGGUAAGGCGGAGUUCCUCGCCUCGGCCUGCACCGUCCAGAAAUACCCGCUGGUGAUCGCCACCAAACACAACAUCCCGUUCUUACUCGACCUCCCCGGCCAGGGCAGCCGGGUCCGAGGAGAGAUCUACAAAGUGGACGACGAGAUGCUGAACUUCCUGGACGACUUUGAGAGUUGCCCCGCCAUGUACCAGCGGACUCUGGUGAAGCUGGAGGUGGAGGAGUGGAUGGGGGAGGAGAAGCCGGCAGCAGGGAGCAUCACGGAGGCGUUUGUGUACAGCACAAACACGUACCAGCCCGACUGGCCCACGCUGCCCUGCUGGAACUAUGACACACAUGGAGACCACGGGCUGGAGUAUGAGACCAGAGAGUCACAAGAACAGAAAUAACAGAAAGAAGAUUUAUUAAACACUAAUCCCUCUGUGUGUAUCUGGAUCCUGCUCCUUCAGAACAUACUGUCUCUUUAAAACACUCAUGUUUACUUUAUUAACAAGAGGCAGGUUGAGUUUUCUUAAUGUCAACUGUUUUAUUAAACUUGAUUUAUUUCCUUAUUUACCGACCUGACGUGCAGCUGUUCAGAAUCCAGGAGGAUUUUCUUCUUGCCAUGAUUACUUUCAGCACCUCGCUUAAGAACUGAAAUAACCAUAACAUCGGUCUUUGUGUUACUGUGAAGAAACGUUUACAUGUGAAACAAAAGAAAGGACUUGGACCACUUACUUUAAAACACAGAAAUAUGUUCUCAGGGUUUCUUUAUGCUGUUAACUGUUUUCACUCCAUUAAUAAAAAGAAGGAACACGUCCUUUAAAGCUGCUGUGAGGAACUUUCAGGUUAUGUCACCUAUGGCGCCCCCCUGUGGACAAAGUGUAGCUGACGGUGACAUUCUUUAGAUUUUUGCACUCAAAUCCAGUACUGUACUUCUUUUUAUUAACAUUUUCCUGAAUGGUUUCUCACAUUUCUGUUGUCUUCACCUCUUAAAAAAGAUCAAAACAAAA